CAAAAUUCGUCUGCAUAAAAAUGUUGCUGUGAAAACACAGCUGCAGCAUCAAAAGAUGUACUUACGAAUUUCGCCUUUUCUACCAUAGAUUAUGAAAAAAUUGAUAACCAGAUGAGACAUCUUUAAAACCUAAUAGCGGGGUGCAUCCGUAUAAACAGAUGAUGUAUUAUUUACACUUCUUAUUAGCUGUUACCACACUUUUGAUUAUCUUACCAAAGGAUAUCACAUGUUAUCCAGGGGAAGAAAGAUACGAUAUGGGUAGAUUAGAAGGAGAUGUACAGAACUGGGCUCAACUGAUAGAAAACUACAUACUGCAGCUAGCUAAUGAUGGGAUCUGUAGAGAUUUCUCCCAGGGUUACUUAGAUAAUGCUACAUACACCUUUGAACAGAAAGAUGGGAAAGAAAUUGUCAAACAAGUGAAAGAAAAACUGAGUGAUUAUUUCAACAAAAAGGAAAGAGCUGCACAGAGACUCGCAGUAGAAGUAGGAGAAUUGUAUGACACUUUUUUGUCAGAGAACAGAAGUUUACAAUUGAAAUCUUUGUCAGCAUUAAAUGAGACCUUCUAUGUGGACUCUGAUAUCCCAGAAAAAUUACCAAAAGAUCGCAAGUUUAUCCCGUAUUUCAAGCAGGAAGUCAUAUGGAACCAUUCUACAAUAAAGAUUGCAGAUGAAGUACCCAGAGAUGACAAUAUUGUUAUAAACAAUGUUUAUUUCACUGCUGCAUUGGAACAAAUGUUUAAACAAAACCAGGCUGAAGAUUCUUCUCUCAGAUGGCAGUACUUUGGAUCAACAGCAGGAAUUGUAAGAAUUUAUCCAGGAAGAGAAUGGUCUACAAAUUUUGCUGGAUUUUACAAUGAUUAUGAUCCUCGAGUUAGACCAUGGUAUAUUGCUGCUACAAGCGGUCCAAAAGAUGUAGUCAUUAUCUUAGAUUGCAGUCUAUCAAUGGAUGGCGAAAAAUUCAGUAUAGCUAAAGGUGUAGCCAAAACUGUGAUAAACACAUUGACAAAACAGGACUAUGUCAGUGUUAUAUGUGCCAGAGACUCAUACUGGGAUGAUGUUGGCAAGUGGCAUGCAUAUUCGACAGAUGUUCUAAGCUGUCGUGAAGAAAAGUUGGUGCCUGCUACCAAUGCUCAUCGUAAAGAUAUCAUAGAAAAGAUUCAGAAACUUAAAGCAGGAGGCACAAGUGAACUUGAGAAGGGAUUUACUAUUGGGUAUGACCUACUAACUAGAAGUCCCAGGACAGGAUGUCAGUCUAUUAUUGUAUUUGUCACGGAUGGUAAAGAUACAGAUGCUGAAAGUGUCAGAUGUGGACCAGGUUACUAUACCAGAAGUGGAUUUGUACCUGGACCAGUAUGUAAAUACAACUGGACAUUAGUAUGGGAUGUAGCUGAAGAGAAACAGAAGUACCUUAACCCUCAGGCCAGAUUAUUUAGUUAUUUAAUCAAAGAUGAUGCUGAAGAGUUUCCAGGCAAGUUAGCUUGUGGACAUAGAGGCAGCUUCACCAAACUUACCACUGGUGAAAAUUUAAUCUCACAGAUGAACAAUUAUUUUGAUUUCUUGUCUUCUAAUGCCAGAAGCACAGAGCCUUUGUGGACAUCACCUUAUUUAGAUGCCUGGGGCCUUGGUUUGAUGGUGACUUAUGCUGUCCCAGUCAUAAGCAAACUAGACUCAGAUAGCAAGACAAUAGGAGUAGUUGGAGUAGAUGCUACACUGGAUGAGAUUGAGAACUUUCUAAAGAAACACCAGUGGGGAAAUGUUAUUUCCUUCUUAAUUAAUGACCAAGGGGAGACAAUUUAUCAUCCAAAACUGAAGCCUAGUACAAAUCUACUAGAAGACCCUAUAUUUAUACCAGUUUCCCAGUUGGAGAUGGACAAUAAUGGUAAAUUUUCUAAAGUCCUUAAGAACAUGAUGAUUGGAAGAGAAGGAAUGGUCGAAAUAGAAAAAGCAAAAGAUGGAAAGAAAAGGACUUAUUACUAUGCUGCACUGAAUGAAUCAGAAUAUUCCUUUGCAUACAGUUUAGCUGACACAGAUAUGUUUGUCAGGAGAUCUCAGGAGCCAAAAGACAGAUCAAGUUAUACAAAGAGCUAUUAUAACCUUCUUCAGGAAUAUAAAAACUUAAUGAAAGAAUUACCUGAUGCAGUGAAAAAUCUAGAUAUCAGGGAAAAUGAGCAACGGUAUCCAGGAUUAACAAUUACCUUCAAUUAUUCUACCAUUUUUCUUCCUCCUAAAAGUCAUUGUGAUCCAACACAAUAUAUAUAUGAUGAUAACUUGGCUAAAAAGACUUUAACAGCACAUAAAUGGAUUAACAGUUUUGAAACAGAUCGUGGCUGUGAAGCUGGACAGAAAUUUCAUAAAGGGAUUAGAGCUGAUGUUUUAAUAACACAACCAAUAGAAGAAAUGUGGAAAAAGAGAGCAUUUGAAUCCCUUGAUCAAGUGAAAUGGACAAAUAUUGGUCUAAGAAGUGGAGUAUUUAGAACAUUUCCAGGUCACAGGUCAACCAGAGCAUAUGAUCCAACACAGAGACCAUGGUAUAAAAGAACCAGCAGUGCCCCCUGGAAAACCUCUAUAUCUACACCUUAUAUGGAUGCUGCAGGAGUUGGUAAAAUCAACACUAUAUCUCAGGCUGUGUUUGAAGGGAUGCCAGUGAUAAGUAAUGAUGAAUGUACUAAUGCAUCACAGAAUGGAGUACCACUUCCUGGUGGAUGUAGAUGUGAUCUAGAUACCGAUUGUAGUAGCAGAAAGUGUUAUCUGAGUAAAGCUACAAAGUUAGCUGAUCAUAGACGUUGUGCCACUGUUAGAGUAGAAGGAGUUACUGGCCUUGAUAUUUUAUAUGAUGAUUUCCAUAAUAAGAUCAUGGAGAGUAUGCAGGCUAGUAACUUCAACAAAUCUUGUGGUCAGAUUUAUGAUUGUCCAGAUAAAGAACCAGGCUGUACAACAAGAUGUUACCUGUUUGAUAGUAAAGCAAACUUGGUAGUUGAUCCUGAUUUUAUUACUGCUAGUAACUUAGACAAGAGUAAAUAUGCAGGUGUACAGCUUGGAAAGAAAGAAGGAGAAGUUAUGAAAGAUCUCAUUUACAAACAUAAAUUCUUUAUCAGAAAGGAAACUUUAGAAUUCCAGGGCACAUGUAGAAUUACUCCAGUGGAACCAAAGGUAACAUUGGAAGGAAUACCAAAGAAUCCUGCAGAGAAAGAUGACUAUUUCAAAAACAAAGGUCCAAUACCUCAAUUCAGUAGUGAGUUUGGAUGUAUCCAGGAUGUUGUCAGCUUCAGUGCUAAUGAUACAGCUCUAGGUAGAGGUAUGUUGACAGGGAAUGUCUCAGGACCGUGUAUGUCAGGUUUCUACUAUGUAACAUCUCUUCCAAGGACCAAUCUUUAUCUAUUAGUUAUAGAGGACUGGAAUAAUUACAGAGAGACUUUGUUUUAUAACUUUAAUUGUAGAAUCACAAGAAGUAUUGUGAAUUCUGGAGCCCAUAGAAUUAUUAAUGGUACCUGUGCUCAUGAGGACCAUUCUACCAGUACACUGGCUGCUGAGGAAAAAUGUCCAGUACUACGUGACCUUGACCUGAAAUGUGCUUAUACACAUGGAAAUGUCUGUCAAAUAUCAAUGAUUUUACUGUCUUCUGUACUUACAGUUACAUUUACACUAGUAUUUAGUUAGACAUAGGAUUUUAUAU